GGAGGCGAGAUGAGUCCAGCUCUGUAAACAAACACGGCGGCCUCGGGAGCAUCUCGCCUGCAGCAGACACAAGUCACAAAAAUGAUAAAGGAAGAACAUAGAACCACUGCUUAAUAACGUACGAAUCUCACAAGAAUCUCAUAAGAAUCUCGCAAGAAUCUCACCAACCUCCAUGUCAUAAUACAGACAACUGUUUUGUAUUAUUCAUACAAAAUUCACUCAUCAAACAAAAUGCAGCUGUUACGCAUUCAUUAUCAGAAGUUAUUUGUCUGCCUGUCGUUUGUGAUGCUGGUGUUUGUGGUGGUCAGAGUUUGGGACAGCGACAGUGACCCCAUUGCACAACGGCAGAAUGGAUCAGGAUCUCUCAGGAUCUCCGAGAAGAGGCAGGGCAGUGCGCAUGAAAACAGCAUCAACAUUGACUCUCCUGUUUUGUCUCUGCACCCUGAACGCUCAGGGAACAAGGGUGGCAGUGUAAAUGUGUUUGCAGAUCUGUUUCAAGAAUUGGCCAAGGAAGAGACCUGUCCUUUGUGCUUUGGCCAGGACCUCUGUGAAGAUAUAUCAGCUGGAUUUUUAACAUUGUCAUCAGAUACUCCACAUGUCCACGAUUCUGAUGUGUCCUAUGAGGCACAUCUUGGAGACUUGCAUAAGCUGUCUGUUAAGGUGCCUUCAUCUGAUCGAUUCUCGAAAUUGGAUGACUUGGUUUGCAACAAUGCGAGCUUGGGAGUGGGUUGCACGAUUCGUGUUGCAGCCAGUAAGUCAUACCUGGGAAGACCCCAUGAACUGACAUCUCGCUCACUCUACAAGCUAUUACACCAUAUUGGGAUCACCAGGAGGAAUUACCCGUUUUUAAUGUGUCCAAGUAAAAAGCUUUUAACUGUAGUUGAAAGGACUUUUGAUGAAAAUGAUGACCAUGAGUUAACUCAGGACGAGCGCUUGUAUCUGUAUACAACAUUGGCCAUUGCUCCUGAAAUUGUUGUUUUGAAGCUGCUGACAAAAGCCAAUUUGAAUGUAGGAUUUCCCCGUCUUGUUGGUGUGUGUGGACGAUUGGCUGUACUGGAGGAGGAGAUGACUCCACUGAGCUCCAUGCUGGAUGAGCCCUUCAAUGUCCGGGCAUCUCUGGCAGCUCAAAUCCUUACUAUGAUUGAUGAUUUCAUGGAGGAUCAUCCUGAAUGGUACUUGUUUUAUGCCUCGUGGUCGAUAGAGAAGCUUGCAGUGAACAAGGAGGGAGAAGUGGUGCUAAUAGAUCUGGCUAACAUGGCAAUAAUUGACAAAUCUCUCUUUAGAGAUGAUUAUGAAGAUACACGAGAAACCCAGAAUCACGAGGUGUGCAACAAGGACUGUUUCCAGAAGUUUACAAGUGAAAUAUACAGAGAAGGACAUGAUACAGACGAGAUGUGUUCGCGUGUAGAGGAUGUGGGACACCUCAUGUAUGCUGCUGUGUGUGCAAUGAUCCUAAGUGACAUGAAGCAACACAAAUAUGUGGAUUACUUCAGCUCUACCUCUGGCAGCCAUCAACAGCCAAGAAUGACAAGGGGUUUACUGCACAACAUCCCUGCUGCAGACAGAGCAACAGUGGAGGAGCUUCUUGCAGAGUGUGUAGAGGAGGCAGCUCCUGGAGGACGACUUCAGGCAGCACAGGAGCUUAGAGAUUUCCUCUCAGACUUUCUCCUCGAUGAAGAAGAUGAGGAAGGAGAUGAAGAUGAGGAAGAUGAUACGGGGGACAACGGCGAGGAUUAUGACGAUGAUUAUGAAUAUGAAGACUAUGGCACAAACAAGGAGGGAUGAGGUGAAGUGCUAUGUAGCAUUCACAGCACAGCAAGAGGAAGAUGAUUGAAAGGACUGAUAGUGAUUUCUUUUUCUUCCCAAGCCUAUCCUCUUUCCCUUUUUUAUUUUUCUUACUCUCGUUUCCGGUGUGACAUGUAAAAUAAUUCUUCCAUGACUGUUGGUUGCAAUGUGAAUCUUGGUGAGUUCAAACCAACAUAAUUUCGUUCUCUCUGUAUUUAUGUUGUUGGGAGAAGAAUGCAGAUUACGGUGCUGGUGACUGUGAGUAUAUAUUGCAGGGUUAGUUGCCUCUUAUUGUAUAAAACCAGUGUUAUGUUUAGGCUGUUUUAGCAUUGCCCUUUUGAUAGUUAGGAAAAUAUGAAACAGUUUUGUAUUUAUGUGGACUAUACAUAUAUAUGAUGCCCAUUUUCUAGGUAUGAUGCAAUAGGAAAUCUAACUUCCAUUAAAGAAUAGCUUUUUUAAUGAUUUAUCAAUUGGACUUUGAUAGGGAUUUUUUUUUUUUUUUUUUUUUAUUGUCAUGUAUCUUUGUGUUAAGUUCAACAUUUAUUGAUAAGCAUCUAAAUUGUGCUUUGGCAUAAAUCAUAUAUAGCAUUAUUUGCAUGUGAUGCAUAAUUUCCAAAUACAUGAAUGCAAAAAUGCUUGCUUAAGUUUAACCUUGCUGAUCAUCUGGAUUAGGCGCUUAGCGACUGCACUUAUUUCUGGUAGCACCGUGAACUUUCUUCAGUAAGCUGGGUGUGCAGAGUUGCAAGGAGGAAGAGAAGGCAGGUAUUCUGGAAGGUCAGCUUUAUAGGCAGCUAGAAUGUCACAAAUUUGGUAAUAAUAUUUGUUCUUUAUAAGUGUAGGGAAAAUCUCUUUACCGAGCCUAGGUAGAUCUUCAGUCCCUUUUCUUUUUCUUUUCUUUUGGCAUUGGGCAUUAUGUUACCCUUGCAGAAACUGAGUGUUUGAAACUAAUGGUGCUGUCCCAUCAGUCAGCACCAUUAGAAAAUACUAAAUAACAUAUGCUGAAGAAACAGUUGUGAUUAUAAGCAGCUCUUAUCACGAAGAAUAUUAUUUGCAGAAGUGGGUUUGCGAAUUCAGAUGCAAAAUAACAAGAUGCAGUGUAACAGUAAUGCACUAGAAUUAUAAAUGUGGUAUGAUAUGUGGUAGAUUCUGUUGAUCAGAAAAAAAAGCGAGAGAGAGAUUUUUAUACUUUGAUAAUUUUUGUAUGGAGAAUGUCGUAGCAAGGGAACCUGUCUUUUUAGUAACUCUUUGCAGGACAAUCUAAGUAUAUUUAUAAUAUACUUACUGUAUAUGACAUAUAUAUUUUUUUUCAAUGAUUCAAUAAUCAUUGAUAUAUACAGUCACUUGCACUGUGUAAAAGAAGAAGAAAAAAAUAGAAUGUAGAAAUGUUGCCCUUAUAAUUUGAGUGUAUCUGCAGUUACUUCCUAUUUGACUUGUGAAUAUUUAUUUUUGGGCUGCUACUGGCUGGCAGCUUUUAAAAGGUUGCCUUUGAGGUAAGAAAUAACAGAGCAUUUUGACUUUAUGAUUUACAUAUUGUCAAUUAUUACAGACAUACAUUUGGAUUGCUACCUUUUGUACAUUUACAUGCUGGAUACUAACAUUUUGCUUAUUCAUAUUCAUGCCAAGGGUGUCAUGCAUGUUUCAUUAACAUUUUAUAUUUUGUAUUGAGGUCAAUAAGGGCAAAAGUUUCAUAGUUUGGCCUUAAAUACCUGGAGCAAAUUUCUCUCUGCAUUAUGUCUAAGAUCAUCUCCAAUCAUCCUAAAGUUAAAAGAGAAUGGAGGCUUAAAAAAGGAUAAUGGCUAUAGCUUCAUUAAUCAUAGGCUCAUUCUCACUAGUUGAGACAACAGAUGCUAAAAUCACUAGGUCACUAGUCGGAGCUCAUAAUAUGUUUACUUUUUCUGAGUUGUCUUUGAGAUGAGACUCGCAUUGGUUUCACAAAGGAGUCCUGGCUUUUGUAUGGUAGUGCAUAGUGUGCAACAAUAUCUUGUGAGGGUGUUUGUGGAUGUUCACUUGACAAUCAGUAGUGAUGGAUGCUGAUGAGGAUGUGUGUAUUUUGUUGCAGGAUAGAGAUGCUAAUUUUUUAUGUAGAAAAUAUUUUGUACUGAAGUUAAAUGUGAUGAGUAGCAUAGACAUUUAGAAAUGUAGAAAUAUGUUUCUUGUAGGUUGUGGUCCAAUAGUUUAGUCCAGCUUAGACUUGUUUUUUGUAAUAGGGAAAUAAAGUGUACCCUUUUCAAAAUCAAAAUGAUGGGUCCAUGAUUUUUCCUAUUUUCUUUCAUAGUAUUCAGUAUUCCAUUACACAUGAAAAAAAUGGUAACAAAAACAGUGUGGCUGGGUUAGGAUAGGUUAGGGUUGGUAGUCAAGUAGGUGAAUUUGAGAAUGGAAUCAAAGUGUGAAGGAAAUUGGGAAAGGAGCAAGGUCAGAGUGAGAAUCAGAAGAGAAAUGAAGAGGAAAAGGAACUAAGAUGAAGAAACAAUAACUGAUUUGAAAUGCAAUGAGGGAAAGUGAUUACUAAUUGCAAGUUUGUUUUUUAUAUAAUACAUAAUUUCCAAAUUAUAUGACGCAAAAUUAAUUAAGUAAUUUUCUACCCAUAUUUCUUUGUUUCUUUUUAUGUCUUUAUAUGUAUAUGAUCACAGUUAUAGCUACAAGCUGUUAUGUAUGUGCAUGUUCUAAUCUUGAUGUGUAUGUCAUUAUGGAUGUAAUCAGAUAAAGGCCGUGGACAAAUUAAAAAGUUGUGGAACCCGUAGAUCAACCCAGAUUCCCUGAUAGAAAGUUUAUUGUGUCUUAAUAAGGUAAUGUAUAAAUGUUGAUAUUGUGUGAAAAUCUCUAAAAGAAACAUCAUGUUGUUCUUCAUAUUAUUCUAAUGAUGUGCUUUUACAAAAAGUUAUUAGAUGUUUUUACGAAAUGAUAUUAAAAACAGUAUUGUUGUAUUGUCAUGUACUUAAUGAAUAACCUCGUUGAAUAAUUGAAGUGAAGUUUGUCGUGAUUAUACCACACCCUUGCAGUCUUCAGUACAACAAGCAUUGUGGUCCAGUGAUAGAGUAUGACUUAGGAUUUUCCAAGAAGUUUGGGUUGCAACAGUCCAAGAUGGUAACUUGUGUUGAAUAUAUAUGAAAUAAGACUACAUUUCAGUAUGCCCAGCUGUUUCUCAGUUAGUGAUCAAUGGAUCUUUACCUAAAUAGAAAAUUCCUUUUUGCUUUAUGAGUACAGGACAGUGCCUAUACUCAAUACAAAAACAAGCUUGUUCUCGGAAGAGUUGUUUAUUAUGUAUUUGCCUUUGUGCAAAUACACACACACACACACACACACAUGCACUUAUUUGUGCAUACACAUGCAAACAUAUACAGUAUACACAAGCAGAGCCAUGGGAAUACAUUUCCACACAUCAUGUAAGUACAUCAGUGUGCACAAGUUACUUAUGGCUGAUGUUAUUAACUGAGUGUCAGUGGUGUUGUGUUGGUUGCUAAUGCAAGCAUUGCAUCCCCUGACCCUUCCACCAGUCCAGUAUUAAACCCCUUACCCUUAAGAACAUGUUUUAUUUUAAGAAAAUAGUAGAAAAAAUUAAGUAAAAGCCAUUUAUUGCCACUUUCCUCAAAUUAUUUAAAGCUGCCUGGCUUUUAAUUAGUGAAUUUUCUUCAAUAAAAUUUUUGUUAUCUACUUUGAAAUCUCUCGGUUAACUGUAUAGCUAGGUGAUAGUAUUUGUCCGGUCAUGUUGAAAAUCUGUAAAAUGAUUGAAUAGAUUUUUGUGCCCACGUCUACUGCCCUUGUGGCUCCAGCCAGGCUUUACCACUGCUGGAUAUAGAAAGCAUAUUUUUUAGAGGACAUUUAUCUUUGCAAUUUUUCUAUGCAAUAAAAUAUCUUUGUGUCACUAUUUUUAUGUUUGUUGUACGUGCAGUAGGGAGUCGAUUAUGUGUAUAUUAAGAAUGAUGCUAAUAUCCUUAAACAAAGGAUUUUGUCUGUACAGACAGAUGACAGAUUUAAAGGAUUUAAAAGAAAUUGUAUGAUUUUGCAUGAGCAAGGAUUACCUCAUUUUUUGUGCAUAAGACAUGUAUGUACACAUGUUCAUAUUUGUACCAUGACCUGUAUUGAGUAAGUUCAGUGCAGGCCAAUUCUAUUUAAUUAACAUAGUCAGCAAAAGGACAUAGUUUAGUAUGGGAUCCAUCUGUGCAUACAGAAUUUUAUGGAAUGCUUGAACCUCUCUUGAAUCUUAGGUUGCAUUCUAGCAUUUGGGCCAAAGAUACAUCAGUAUGUUGACCAGGUUUACCGAGGUAUCCAUCGUUGUUGUAAUAUUCCAGUGUGAUAGUGUGAUGAAUAUGUACUCAUCAACAGAUACAGUGGUAGAGAUUGACUUCAUUAUUUGUUUCAUCAUGGUAGAGGAAAAACAAAUAUCAAACAUUUUAUUGAAAAUUUAAUACCUGCAAAGUUCCUUGAAACAUGUUCACUGUUAGAACUGUCUACAUUUGUUUACCUGUUAUCCCUCCAACCCUACCCCCCCCCCCCCCCCACAAAACGAGAAAUCUUUUGAAUCUCAUGGAUUUUGAGUUUCAGAUAUGCAUAGCCUUACAUUGUUAAAAAUGUUUUAUGAUAUCUUGGUAUAACGACCUUGUUCUGUGAGAGAUUGUUAGUGUGAUGUAUUGUAUUCUUUGUCAACCUGUAGGAAGAUGAGAAGUUACAGAAGUAUAUAUUUCGUGUAAUUAACUAUAUAGGGAAAUGUAUGUAGAGAGAUACUGGUACCUUCAUAUUAUUUCGUAUUGGGGAGACACAGUUGUUACGUUUAGCUAAGCAUAAUAUUAAAAUUUACUAAUAGAUCUUUCAUUUUCAGAUAGCUAUAUUCUUUUAUGUGGAUUACAUGUAUGUAUUUUUAAAUUAUUUUCCAUAAAGUAUUGUUUAAAA